AUGGGUGAUAACCAUUCUCCUCCUGAGUCUCCUAAAGAAAACCUAGAUCAUGAUUCUGAUCCAAAACCGGUCUCCAAAGAGGAUAGCUCACUAGAUACUAUAGUCCCUAGGUUUCAAAAUUCAAUGUCUGUUAGCAAACGACAUACGUUUUGGGAGACCCAACCAGUUGGGCAAUUUAAGGAUGUUGGUGAUUCUAGUUUGCCUGAGGGCCCCAUUAUGCUUCCCAUACCAUUAUCUGAAGUGCCUGAGCCUUACAACCUUCCCAGCCCUUAUGAAUGGACAACUUGUGACAUGGAAUCUGAAGAGACUUGCAAUGAGGUUUACACGCUUUUGAUGAACAAUUAUGUUGAGGAUGAUAAGUUUAGGCUCAACUAUUCUAAGAAGUUCCUUAGUUGGGCAUUGCACCCUCCGGGUUACUACAAGAGCUGGCACAUUGGGGUUCGCGCUAAGGUGUCGAAGAAGCUGGUGGCUUUUAUUACUGGAAUCCCUGCUAGAGUUCGGGUUCGGGGUGAGGUUCUGAAGAUGGCCGAGAUCAACUUUCUGUGUGUUCAUAAGAAGCUCAGGUUGAAGAGGCUCGCGCCGGGGAUGAUCAAGGAAGUCACUAGGAGGGUUUGCUUGGAGAAUAUAUGGCAGGCGACCUACACUGCUGGAGUGGUUUUUCCGACUCCUAUAACGACUUGCCAGUACUGGCAUAGGUCUCUCAACCCAAAGAAGCUCAUUGAUGUUGGGUUCUCGACGCUCGGUGCGAGGAUGACAAUGAGUCGAACUGUGAAGCUGUACAAGUUGCCAGAUUCACCCGUGACUCCUGGAUUUAGAAAGAUGGAGCUUCAUGAUGUUCCUGUUGUUACUCGGUUGCUCAAGAACUACUUGGGCCAGUUUGUUGUCGCGCCUGAUUUUGAUGAGGAUGAUGUGCAGCAUUGGCUUCUGCCAAUCGAGAGCGUAGUGGAUAGUUAUCUGGUCGAGAGCCCAGAAACUCAUGAGAUCACUGACUUCUGCAGCUUCUACACUCUUCCUUCGUUGAUCCUUGGCAAUCAAACUUGCUCAACUCUGAAAGCCGCUUACUCAUAUUACAAUGUGGCCACUAAGACUCCAUUACUUCAGCUCAUGAAUGAUGCUCUUAUUGUCGCAAAACAGAAGGAUUUGGAUGUCUUCAAUGCAUUGGAUGUUAUGGAGAAUAAGUCCUUCCUAGAAGAGCUGAAAUUUGUACUGGGCGGUGGACAGCUUCACUACUAUCUCUACAACUAUCGGGUAAGGAACGAGUUGAAACCGUCAGAGCUUGGGCUGGUACUGUUGUAGUUUGGCAUAAGUUUAACGCCUAAGACCUCUUGGUGUAGUGGUACUGGGGGUUUUUGAUGGGGUGUUUUUUGGGUGGAGGAUUGCGAGUUCAAUCCUGUGUUGUAUAAAAAUAAAUAAAUAAAUAAGUUUGGCAUAAGUUAAUGCACAUCAUCCAGUACUUAAUACUUUAAAUGCACCCUACUGGCUUUACAAGCAAAAUUAUGGCUACAUCAAAUUUG